GGGGCAGGUAGCGCGGGCCGGGUCCAAUGGGUGCCGGCUCCCGAGGAGAAGGCGGAGGAGAGGAGGAAGGAGGCGGACUCUGGGCCCCGGCCCCAUUCAUUGCCGCGGCCGGCGGGGCGGGGGUCCUGUGUUUUCGGAGCCAUGGAGGCGCUAAUUCCAGUUAUCAACAAGCUUCAGGAUGUCUUCAACACGGUGGGCGCCGACAUCAUCCAGUUGCCUCAGAUCGUCGUGGUGGGAACGCAGAGCAGUGGAAAGAGCUCAGUGCUAGAAAGCCUAGUGGGGAGGGACCUGCUUCCCAGAGGCACUGGUAUUGUCACCCGGAGACCUCUCAUUCUGCAGCUAGUCCAUGUUUCACCCGAAGAUAAGCGAAAAACAACAGGAGAAGAAAAUGACCCUGCUACAUGGAAAAACUCAAGACACCUUUCUAAAGGGGUUGAAGCAGAAGAAUGGGGUAAAUUUCUUCACACCAAAAAUAAGCUUUACACGGAUUUUGAUGAAAUUCGACAAGAAAUUGAAAAUGAAACAGAAAGGAUUUCGGGAAAUAAUAAGGGAGUAAGCCCUGAGCCAAUUCAUCUUAAGAUUUUUUCACCCAAUGUUGUCAAUCUGACACUUGUGGAUUUGCCAGGAAUGACCAAGGUGCCUGUGGGUGAUCAACCUAAGGAUAUUGAGCUUCAAAUCCGAGAGCUCAUUCUUCGCUUCAUCAGUAAUCCAAAUUCCAUCAUCCUUGCUGUCACUGCUGCUAAUACCGAUAUGGCCACAUCAGAGGCCCUUAAGAUUUCAAGAGAGGUAGAUCCAGAUGGUCGCAGAACCUUAGCUGUAAUCACUAAACUUGACCUCAUGGAUGCGGGUACUGAUGCCAUGGAUGUAUUGAUGGGAAGGGUUAUACCAGUCAAACUUGGAAUAAUUGGAGUAGUUAACAGGAGCCAGCUAGACAUUAACAAUAAGAAGAGUGUAACUGAUUCAAUCCGUGAUGAAUAUGCUUUUCUUCAAAAGAAAUACCCAUCCCUGGCUAAUAGAAAUGGAACAAAGUAUCUUGCUAGGACUCUGAACAGGUUACUGAUGCAUCACAUCAGAGACUGCUUACCAGAGCUGAAAACAAGAAUAAAUGUUCUAGCUGCUCAGUAUCAGUCUCUCCUAAAUAGCUAUGGUGAACCUGUGGAUGAUAAAAGUGCUACUUUACUCCAGCUUAUUACCAAAUUUGCCACAGAAUAUUGUAACACUAUUGAAGGAACCGCAAAAUAUAUUGAAACUUCAGAGCUAUGCGGUGGUGCUCGGAUAUGUUAUAUUUUCCAUGAGACUUUUGGGCGAACUUUAGAAUCUGUUGACCCACUAGGUGGCCUUAACACUAUUGACAUUUUGACUGCCAUUAGAAAUGCUACUGGUCCUCGUCCUGCUUUGUUUGUACCUGAAGUUUCAUUUGAGUUACUGGUCAAGCGGCAAAUCAAACGUCUGGAAGAACCCAGCCUGCGUUGUGUGGAACUAGUUCAUGAGGAAAUGCAAAGGAUCAUUCAGCACUGUAGCAAUUACAGUACACAGGAGUUGUUGCGGUUUCCUAAACUUCAUGAUGCCAUAGUUGAAGUAGUGACUUGUCUUCUUCGUAAACGGUUACCUGUUACAAAUGAAAUGGUCCAUAACUUAGUGGCAAUUGAACUGGCUUACAUCAACACAAAACAUCCAGACUUUGCUGAUGCUUGUGGGCUGAUGAACAAUAAUAUAGAGGAACAAAGGAGAAACAGGCUAGCGAGAGAAUUACCUUCAGCCGUAUCACGAGACAAGUCUUAUAAAGUUCCAAGUGCUUUGGCACCUGCCUCCCAGGAGCCCUCCCCUGCUGCUUCUGCUGAGGCUGAUGGCAAGUUAAUUCAGGACAGCAGAAGAGAAACUAAAAAUGUUGCAUCUGGAGGUGGUGGGGUCGGAGAUGGUGUUCAGGAACCAACAACAGGCAACUGGAGAGGAAUGCUGAAAACUUCAAAAGCUGAAGAGUUAUUAGCUGAGGAAAAAUCAAAACCAAUUCCAAUUAUGCCAGCCAGUCCCCAAAAAGGCCAUGCUGUCAAUCUGCUGGAUGUGCCAGUUCCUGUUGCACGAAAACUAUCUGCACGUGAACAGCGAGACUGUGAGGUCAUUGAGCGACUCAUCAAAUCGUAUUUUCUCAUUGUCAGAAAGAAUAUUCAAGACAGUGUGCCAAAGGCAGUAAUGCACUUUUUGGUGAAUCAUGUGAAAGAUACUCUUCAGAGUGAGUUAGUAGGACAGCUGUAUAAAUCAUCCUUACUGGAUGAUCUUCUGACUGAAUCCGAGGACAUGGCACAGCGCAGGAAGGAAGCUGCAGACAUGCUAAAGGCAUUACAAGGAGCCAGUCAAAUAAUUGCUGAAAUCCGAGAGACUCAUCUUUGGUGAAGAGAACUAUGUAACACUGAGACUUUGUUGACUCGAAAUUUGCUAGUUACUGCCUACUUGAGUAGAAUUUUAUUUAUGAACUCCUGUGUAUUGCAAUGGUAUGAAUCUGCUCAUGUGAAGAGACUGGCUAUAAACUGAAAAUCGUACUCUGUAUCACAGAACAAAUCAUACAUUUAAUCCAAAUAAUAAAUGGCUGUUUCUAAAGUUGCCCCGUACAUAUAAAGUACACAUAAAAUACAUCAAGUCUUUCUUGUGACAGUUUCAUUUGAACUUAAAAAGAACUGUUCAUGUUCUAGUCGUACAAGCAGUUUGCCUGUGGAUAAGAUGACCUGUGUAACCUGUGAGCAGUCUUAAAGCUGCUGCCAUAGUCCUUGGAGAAGAACGCACGAAGACAACAUUUCAUACAACUAUAAUGCAUGCACACUAUAAACUGGUCUGGCUUUGAAAGGUGUGAGCUGACAAGUUACUCACAGUCACUGUAGUCCACCUAUCCUUCGAGAUCUACUUUUAUUGAGCUUCUCUGCAACCUCUGAUGUGUUAGUAAGAAAGCUGAAGGCACAAGAAGAUCUGUAACACUGACGGUGAUGUGCAUGAGGUGUAGCUACUGCAGCCCUUCCACUUCCGGGUCCACGCUGCCCUAGUGCAUUAAACAUCUAAAUUAUCUUUCUUUGAUUCUUUCUUAAACCUGCAAGCAUGAAUUCUACUUUCCUGCAUUAAAAACAACCAUCUAGACUUGAUUUUCAAAUAUAAUAAUUCCAAUACAUCUUUAAAUUAGGUCACUCAUAACAUGCUCUAAGAUUCACUUGGAGGUGAGACUUAAAACCAAAUACUGUGCUGGUCAUCGAAGUAUAUGUCUCUAUUAGUUGGUAACAGUUACUUUUGCUUCACACCAAUGAUACAUUAGAUUACAACAAAUAGGAAAAUACUGAUGGAGCCUUAUUAUUUAAAGAAAAACAUCUGGACAGACACACCUAAAGGCUUUUUACUACUAAAAUACAUUCAGAGUUUUGGGGUGAGGUUUAGAACAUACUCACAUUUUAUUCAAAUUCCCCAGGUGAUUCUUGGUAUGAAUUACAUAAAAACUUUAAGAUAUGGGUCAAAAUCCUUAAGGCAUCUAGCUCCAUCUCGAAAAGAUCAUAUCAGCAAUACAGAAUUUACUGAACAUGUUAACAUUUCUGUUACAACAGUUAUGAAGGACUACUGGCAGGAACAAUGUGUUGGUAACGUGAGCUUAUGGUACCCACGUACUAGCAAACAACGGGCUCAGCAACUGAUCUCAAACAUAAAAAACCAGAUUCAAUCUUAAUGGUACUACUUUGAAUCUGUUCAUAGUACCUUCUUGAUAGAAUACAUACUACCUAAAUGUUCAUUAGCACACACUUUAAAAUCACUCUGCCAUUAUUCAAUAUCAGUACAGCCAUCCCUGAUUUACUCACUUCAGAUACAUCAGAUGACUACCAUCCCAGUCUUUUGAGUUUGUAAGGGGGGAGAAACUUACAGUGUACCAUUCCCCAGCAUAUCAAACAUAAUUUCAAAUUGAAAAUGUUACCUUUACAACUGAGGUGAUGGUAAUGUACUUGCUGGCACUACACACCUUGUACAAGAAAAGCAGAGGCAAGAAAGGUAUGUAAAGUUUCAGAAACCCUUCAUUUAUUGGCUCAAACUGAGUGAAGCUCUGAAAUGUGGCGAUGAUCUCUGACAUUUACCACGGACGCCUGUAUGUUCUUGCUAUGUAAAUAAAAUUGCUGGUACGAAAUGACA